AUGUCAUUCAAUUUUGCAAACUUCACCAAAGAUCUCAAGUCGUUUGGCGACAGGCUCACCACUGACUUCAACAACGAGGUUCUCCCCUUGGCACAGCGUACUCAGCGUAUGGUGCAGGAAAAGAUUGGUAAAGUUAACGCAGACGAUAUCUCCCAAUUGCCCACUGAAUACAUUGCUCUUGCUGAAAAGUGUAACAGCAUUGAGAAAUUAUAUAAGAAUGUAUUGAAGAUCACCACGAAUUACGAAAAUGAAAGUUAUGAUUAUCCACUGAACUUGCAAGAGAGUUUUACUGAUUUCAGCCAAAAUAUUACUAGACGAUUCUCCAAUUUGUCGAAAGCCACCACCACGGCUGAAGCGCAGGCGGCAUUGAUUAAGCCAGACGAGACCUUUAAACCUCCAAAAACUUUGUACCAUGCAUUGAGCAGAGCUACUGAUGCUAGUGUACUCACCGAUGGUUCAGGAACAGGUGCUGAUGAGGACUACUCUCAAUUGGCUAGUGUUGCAGCAGGAACAACUAAAAGUGAGAGUUCCGACCCAUUGAUAAAGGGACUUGACUUGUACUCCUCAAGUCUCAAAAAGAUUGCUGAUGCAAGAAUUGGACAGGAUCAAUUGAUCAAACAGAAGUUCAACUUGCCAUUGCAAACCACUUUACGUUCAUUGAUUUCACAAUCAAAUAAUAUCCAACGUAAGGUUGAGCAAAAGAGAAUUGAUUACGAUAUGACUAGAUACAAUUUGACCAAUUGCAAUAACCCUGCAAAGGAGAGCAAGUUGCGUGUCGAUAUGGAGAAUGCCGAAGACGAAUUUGCCAAUACAGUAGAGGAUGCCAUAAACAUUAUGCAAAAUGUUGUUGAGAAUGCAAAACCAUUGCAAGAGUUUUUGAAUUUGAUUCAAGCGCAAUUGGCCUAUCACAAAUUGGCCAGCGAGUUGCUAGGCUCUAUGGUGGGCGAUUUUGAAAACUUGAUUGAGGAGCAAAAUAAACUUUCUGCCGGCUCUGGUCAUAAUCAAACAGGUAAAGAGAGUGGCGAGUUUGAAUUGUAA